AUGGACGCCGUGGUCAACCAAUGUAAACAUGAUGUCCGCAACUGCCACCCAUUCCAGAGAACGUCUAUCUUGGUUGGAGCCGUUAGGAUCAGCACCUCGAUCCAGAGUCAACCGCAUCAUUUCCACGUGUCCUGCUUUCGCGACCUGCCGCAAUGGAGCCAUGUAUCUGAUCAACAUGCCGUGAAAGUCAUUGGGCUUCACAAGCUGUUACAAGAGGGCUUUGCUGUAACCUCUAUCGAUUUGCACACCAAUUUCAAGGAGAAAAUCGACAAGUUCAGCCUUGCCAAUUUCAGCAACAUCUCUGAGAGCCCACUGGCAGGUGCAUUCCUCGGCUUGCACGUUCAGUUUCCAGUCAUUAUGACCAAGCCGUUCAUUGGGGUCGUCUUGAAACUGGAUCCCAGCUUUGUCGCUGAGAGAGCUGUGAAGUAUAUCCCGAACCAGAGGAAUGAUGCGCAGAGACACCGCUAUGCUGAGAUCAGAUGA